AUUUGCAUAUGCAAUUUUUUUUAUGCAUCAAUAAAAUUUAGAAGUUGAUAAGUGAUAAAAAAGAUACAAUGAUUUCCACCAUCAAUUUCUCUUUGUCUCUAACUUUUUUUCUCCUUUCUAAGAAAAACCAAUCAUUCCAUGUAAAAGAAAAAUAGAGAAGAGAAUUGGAUUUUCAAAACAAAUCAAAAAAACAUAGUAGUUGCAUUUGCAUGUCAAUUUGUUCCUAAUGAUUGAUUCUUCCAUAUUGCAAAUCUUCAUUAAAAAGAAACAACUCAAGUUUUAUCUUUUCACAACAAUAUUUGUAACCCUUUGUUGAAUUCAACAUACAACAAUUUGCAAAAGUUAAAAAGAUCAAUUAUGUCAUUGGUUUUCUCCUUCUUCUUGUAUUGGGUUUCUUAGUUUCAGACCAAUCACAUGUCAACAUAAUCCUAUGUUUUUUCAUCUCUUACAAAGUUAUUGAAAUAUGGAGGAAAAUCCCAAGUUGGAUUUGUCAUCUUCUUCUUACUAUGGUUCUGGAGAUGUUUUUGAAAUGGAGAAGAAAAGGUUGGAUCGUAUGAAUUCAUUUCAAUACACAAAUGAGAAAAUAGAAAGCUAUGUAAUUGAUAUGGAUUCAUUUUCUCCCGGCAUCAAUAAAGAUAGUGUCAAUACAAAUUCGAGAAUUACGAGGAGUUUAUCCAGAAAAGGAUCCCAACGCGUGAGUGACUGCAGGAAAGUGAAUGGAAUUACAACACUUCAAAUUCAUGAUAAUAAGGAUCUCACCUCUGCCAUGUGCUCACCAUUAGUGUGUGGCACACCGGAUAAGUCGGGAGCAAUGGUAGUGUCGUCGAUGGAUCAUUCAAUCAUCCCACACAUUCAUCAACAAAGCGGUGCAACCGUUGGUGAAACCAAAUCCUUAACUCGCAGAAAUAGUUUCAUUAGAUCUACUUCUUGGUCACUUGAUCCUAAAAGGGUUCUCAUUUUCUUUGCCACCUUGUCAAGCAUGGGAACAAUGUUGCUAAUAUAUUUCACUCUUAUUAGCAAUAAGCAAAAUGCAGAUGAAUUUGUGGGUGAUAUAGGAAGUAAUGAAUGAAAUAUGAGACUGAAACCACACACUUAUUAGUGUACAAUUUCAUCAUUUAGAAUCAUACAAUUUAGGGAUACAUUUAUUUUUUAACUCGGUACUUCGUAGUUACAUAGCUUAAGUUUCUAUAACUCGCGCCGAGUUAGUAUCAGAUGUAGAUGUAGAAACAAUGUGUAUAACAAUAUUAACAUGACCAAAAUGUUGU